CCGUACACGCGAGCGAAAGUGAUCACGAAGAUUGCAUGGUGCCGCUGGAGCUAGAGCUGGAAAUUUGAGACACUAAUCGAAAAUGAUUAACACCGGGAAAUUAGCAGGGCGCACGCUGUUCAUCACUGGUGCAAGCAGAGGCAUUGGGAAGGCGAUUGCAUUGAAAGCUGCUAGAGAUGGAGCCAAUGUCGUCAUCGCUGCCAAGACUGCUGAACCUCAUCCAAAGCUUCCAGGAACCAUCUACACAGCAGCAGAAGAAGUGGAGAAAGCUGGUGGGAAAUGCCUGCCAUGCAUAGUUGACAUCAGGGAAGAGUCACAGGUAGCUUCAGCUGUCGAGGAAGCCGUCAAGAAAUUUGGAGGCAUUGAUAUUCUAGUCAACAAUGCAAGUGCUAUUAGUUUAACAGAUACGGAACACACACCUAUGAAGAAAUACGAUCUCAUGAAUUCCAUCAAUGCAAGAGGAACGUAUCUUUGCUCCAGAGUUUGCCUUCCACAUCUCAGAAAAGGAACCAAUCCUCAUAUCUUAAAUCUCAGUCCACCUUUGAACUUUGAACCCAAAUGGUUCAGAGGUCAUGUAGCCUAUUCAAUAGCCAAGUAUGGAAUGUCUUUAUGUGUACUGGGAAUGGCAGAUGAAUUCAAACCUUACGGUAUUGCUGUCAACGCACUCUGGCCAAGAACAGCCAUCUGGACUGCUGCCAUGGAGAUGAUCGGAGGCGAGGCGGAAUCCACGAUGAGGAGCUGCAGAACAGCGGAUAUCAUCAGCGAUGCUGCAUACGCUAUCUUUCUCAAAGACAGUUCAGCCUUCACAGGGAACUACUGCAUCGAUGACGAGAUUAUGAGGUCCGAAGGCAUCACCGACUUGGGACAGUACUCGUGCGUGAAGGGAUCUCCUCUCCUCCUUGACUUCUUUGUGGACCCCGAUCCCAAAGCCAAACCAGGGGAAUUCGUUGAAUCUUACCCAGAUGAAAUAUCUGGAGGAGGAGGAUCAGGUGGAGCUGAAGCAGGAGCCGGUGGAGCUGCAGGUGGAGCUGUAGCAGCCAUGUUUGAUAAAAUGGGAGGGAUGCUGAGUGAUAGUCAUGUCCAGAAGAUUGGUGCUGUUUUCCAGUUUGAGCUCUCUGGCAAAGAACCUGGAACGUGGUACCUUGAUCUCAAGAAUGGCUCAGGGUCAGCAGGCUCCGGAGCACCUUCUAGUGACGCUGAUGCUACCUUGUCAUUAAACAGCGAUGACUUCAUCAAGAUGUUUGAAGGCAAGAUGAAAGCUACUGUGGCCUUCAUGGGUGGUAAACUCAAGAUCAAAGGAGACAUGAUGAAAGCUAUGAAGCUGGAAAAACUCAUGGAGGAGUUUAACAAGCUUGCACCGGCGGAGGCGCCCAAGGCUGAGCCUGCAGCAGCGUCAGGAAGCAGCGGAGGGCAGAUCGAAGGGAUGUUCACAAGGAUACGAGAGCUUCUGAGCGAAGAGAUGGUCGGGAAGAUCGGAGCUGUCUACCAAUUUGAUGUUUCAGGUGAUGAGGCAGGGACAUGGACCCUGGAUCUCAAGAACGGUUCUGGAUCUGCCCAGGCUGGUGCUGCUGAGAACCCAGACGUGACCAUGAUCAUGGACACUGCCCUCUUUGUCAAAAUGUUCCAGGGUAAGAUGAACCCGACCAUGGCCUUCAUGGGCGGCAAGCUGAAGAUCAAGGGAGACCUCGGGAAAGCCAUGAAGCUGGAGGGUAUCAUGAAGAAGAUGCAAUCAAAGCUGUAGAAGUAAUUUGAAUGUAUUCAUAUGGACUUAUUUUAUUGUGAGGUUUUAUAAACCCACAAUUAUAAUGCCAAGGGAUGAGAUGCCUAACCAGGGCAAAGUGUCAUCCAAAAUACAAUUGAAUUUACAAUUUAGUGUUAUAGUAA